GUGUGCGCCAGUAACCACAAAGAUCUGGCAAGGCUUGAUUCUGUAACUGAGGUCCAGCAGGUGCCUUAGCCAUCCACGCAAACCAGAGUGUCUACCAGGAGACCUUAUCUAAAGGAGAAUAUAUGGAGUGGGGCAUUCCUUCUAGGCUCUACCCCACAGUUACUUGAGUUGUUGCCAUUUGAUUCCUACAAACAAGCUACUUCCAGGAAAAGAAACUGAAACCUACUCUGACUGCAGCCACCACCACCCCUCCCCUGGGGUGGUUUAGAUAAAUAUGGCUCAGAUCCGGGUAGAAAAGUGUAGAGAGUAAAGGGCUGUGUGUGGACCAGUGAGGACAAAGAAACUCAGGGAGAUCAGACUGUCCGUCCACAGCCUCCUCCUUGCUUGGUGCUGUUCUUCCCGGGACACCAGAACUCUACACCUCAGGUCUUCUCUUCGUAAGCAUCCUGAAUCUGAGUUCCAGUUUUAGAUAAAGACCUUUCCCGAGAGGAGAGCCAUCACAGAAGUGUUAUUGCCACUAUAUCAAGGUCACCACUGCUGAGCUUCUGCCAUACAGAGCCAUGGCUUGGGCCUCCGGCUUUGAUGCAUUCUUUAAGAAUUUUAAGAGGGAAAGCAAAAUCAUCCCCAAGGAAGCCAUCACCUCGAUUAAGAAUUUCAUAGAGAAAAAUAAGCUUCAGGAAGCGAUUUCUGUAAUUGAAAAAGCACUGAGAGACAUCGAGAGUGCUCCUCUGAACAUAGCUGUGACAGGGGAAACAGGCACAGGGAAGUCUACUUUCAUCAAUGCCCUGAGGGGGGUGGAGCAGGACGCAGAAGGUGCAGCUCCCACUGGGGUGGUAGAGACAACCAUGAAGAGAACUCCAUACCCACACGCAAAGCUUCAGAAUGUGACAGUAUGGGAUCUGCCUGGCAUUGGGUCCACCAGCUUCCCACCACAAACCUACCUAACAGAAAUGAAGUUCAACGAGUAUGACUUCUUCAUUAUCAUCUCGUCUUCACGUUUCAAAGAAAAUGAUGCACAACUGGCCAAAGCCAUUGCAGAGAUGAAGAUGAAUUUCUACUUUGUCAGAACCAAGAUAGACAAUGACUUAGAUAAUGAACAGAGGAGUAAGCCUAAGACUUUCAAUAAGGAGAAGAUCCUCAAGAAAAUUCUAGAUGACUGUACUGAUCAGCUUCAGAAGGCUCUCUCCAGUGAACCUCCAGUCUUCCUAGUCUCUAACUUUGACAUGUCAGACUAUGACUUCCCAAAGCUGGAAACCAAGCUCCUAGGGGAUCUCCCAGCCCACAAGCGCCAUAUCUUCUCGCUGUCUUUGCAAAGUCUUACUGAGGCCACCAUUAACUACAAGAGAGAUUCCCUGAAGCAAAAAGUCUUCCUAGAGGCCAUAAAAGCUGGAAUAUUUGCCACCAUUCCACUCGGUGGCAUGAUCAGUGAUGACAUAGAGAAUCUGGAUGAAACAUUCAAUCUCUACAGGUCUUACUUUGGGCUGGAUGAUGCCUCACUGGAAAACAUUGCCAAGGAGUUUAACAUGUCCGUGAAUGACUUCAAGGUACACCUUCGUUUUCCCCAUUUGUUUGCAGAAGACAAGGAGGAGUCCUUAGAAGAAAAGCUAUUUAAAUACAUCAAACACAUUUCUUCGGUUACUGGUGGACCAUUCGCUACAGGCAUUUACUAUAGGAGGGCUUACUAUUUGCAGAAUCUCUUUCUUGAUACUGCAGCCAAUGAUGCCAUCGCUCUUCUGAAUAGUGAAGAACUUUUUGAGAAGAAGGUGGGACAAUAUAUAUCUAAGCCCCUCGACUACUGGGAAUAAUGGAAAAAAUGAGGCAUGAGUUCCAAUCAGUAUUUACUCUUAGCCUCACUUUGGGCACUGACUCAAAGCCUAAUCCUGGGUGUGGGGGGGGGGAGUCUCAGUGGCGGGUCAGUAUAUUCAUCCUUUUCCUUUUCCAGAGCCAGAAGACCACUAUGGCAAGUGCUUAAUAGUGCUGUACUAGUAGAAAAAGAAAAGGCUUCAACAUUGUACAAACCCUUGAGCAAAUUUC